ACGAAUUGGAUCUCAGACAAACACCGGCAAGCUGCACUGUCAGAAAAGUCGUGGGAAAAGCUGCAAAAUCCAAACAACAAAAAAAAAACAAAUUACCCAAACAGUAUUUACUUUACGAUGCUACCUAUAAGUGUGUUGUUUUUGGCGUAUGAGUGAUGCUCGGACUCAAGUAAUUCCUCGAAAUACUUCCGCUUCCAUCGUUCGUUCCCUCGAUUCGUCGUUUGGUUUCCGCAGCGCGUGUGUUUAAUUAUAUAGCCGCAGGCAGGGGUUUAUGCCAUAACAACGAGUCUUGCAAAUUAAAUUAAUUUCGUGCAAUCUGCAUGUUGGCAACAACUUUGUUCUCUCCCUCCAAUUAGUGUGAAGCGAUAGAGACAUAAUUAAAAACUUCCUGCAGGCUGACUUCAACAGCAUUACAUUUUAAAUCAGUAAAUACACAGCAACGUUGAUUCGGAAGCCGACUUCAGUUCAAUCAUCAGCCGGCAACAUUGUGAAAUCCCCAUGCAGGAAGAGCUGGAAGGGAAUCGAAGUCAUAUAAAAUACAUAGCAGCAAAGUGGAAAAAUUGUGGAAAACAGGAAAUGAAUAUGCAAAAGAGGCAGAAGGGAUAUGAAAAAUGCAAAUAGCCAAAUCGAGUUCAAUGAGAAAUGCAGCUAACCCGUACGUAUUUACACAAUUUCACAUGCAAGGCAGUAGCACUGGGCACUGGCGCACAGGUCCGAAUACAAAUGCGACUCACUGUGCAGAUUGCUAAUUGUGGCUGACUGGUAAACCAAAGAAAGCAGGAGCGUUGAAUGAAAAAUGCAUUAAAUGCAACCGCAAAAUAGAGCAAAAAGUAAAACCAAUCAAGCGACGAAAAAAAGGAAAUUGCACAUACUGAGCGCAGAGCAAAACAAAAGGAUGACAAAACCAGUUAGCGAAUGUAAAAAUUGAUUUCUGCGGUCUGGAUAGCGGAUAUUGCUUAUAUAUGACCGUAAAUCGUUGGCGAAGGGCACCGCGACAUAAAACAUUUACUGAUUUAUAAAUAAACAAUCAUAUUUGUGGGCAAAGCGAAAGCAAAAUGCAAAAGCCAGCGCUUAAAUUACGAAGACUCUUCAUCAUUACCGCUGUUUACAUAGCCAGUUUGCCAGGUUUCACUGUGGGGCUGCGCAAUGUCAACGUUCGCAUCCCGUCCGCCGUUAAGCGCGGCGAUAAUGCGCUCUUAAUCUGCAAUUAUGACAUCGAGAACGACACGCUCUAUACGGUGAAAUGGUACCGCGGCAGACGGGAAUUCUAUCGCUACACGCCGAAGGAGAAUCCGGCCUGGAAGAUAUUCACCAAAACGAACGAAAUCGAUGUCGAGACCACCCAAUCGAAUGCCAGCCACGUUUUGCUGCGAAAUGUUCCCACCUCAAUAUCCGGCAAGUUCGCCUGCGAAGUGUCCGCGGAUGCACCCACCUUCGAUACUUCCAUCGUGGCCGCCGACAUGGAGGUGGUUGAAUUGCCCACCCAACGACCCAUAAUUACUGGCAUCCAUUCACGAUACCGUCUGGGCGACGUUGUGAAUGGCAACUGUUCAUCGGAUUACUCGAAGCCGGCGGCGAAUCUCACCUGGUGGAUCAACGACAUCCAGGUGCCACCCAACUACCUCCGCAUCUACGAUGUUCAGCGCCACUUGGCGGAGCACCUGGAGUCGGCCGUUUUGGAAAUCAAUUUCGUAGUGACUGUGCAUCAUUUCAUCAAGGGUCGCUUGAAGUUGAAAUGUUCGGCUCGAAUUCACGAAAUCUACGCCCAGGAGAGCGAGAAAAUGAUAGAGGAGGAUCGUCCCAGGAUUCUGGCUUCGGGCAGAUCUCCCGAUAUGAAUAUGUACCCCUUUGACCAGCCCGGUGACGUGGAUGAGCACAACGAACUGUUCUUGAUUCAUUCAAAUACGGCUGCUGGAAUCGCAUCCUGGAAUCCCAUUCUGCUUCUGGUCCUGUGGCCAAGCUUUUGGCUGAGGACUUUGUUGGGGAUCCGGUAUUUCGGAUGGGCGGAGCGGUGAUAAGUUGGCCCCUGGCAGAAGAGAGAUGGACUUCAGGCGGGCUUUUGGCACGGAAGAGAAUCCCCCGCUCGGGCUCGGCAAUUAUGGAACCCAUACUUAGCAAAUCGAAUAGCAAAUCAACAGUGAAAGGUCCUCAGCAUACCGAAUAUACCUACUCACAUAUACCUAUACCUAAUGUUAAGUACGUAACUGUAAAGACAAAUGCAUUUCCAAAGACCCGUACUCCUCUAUCCCUAAGUCAAGUGUAAAUAGGCAUCGCAUACUCACCAGGCAUAUAUUAUAUGUAUGUAUAUUAUGUACCUACUCUCUAAGCAGGAUUCUAAAUGUUUGCUUUCGUUGGGUUUGGUCGAGGAUUUAUCGUUAAGAUUGUGGUUUCUGGGCAGAUUCAUUGUUCUGUUCGUCUGUGUCUGUUUGAAAAACUGUACAACUUAAAUGUUUAGCCAUAGCGUUAACUUUAGUGUGAACCUAAGUUGAAAGUGUGCGUAAGAAAUAUUGAUAGAAGCCAAAUAAAGAUGGUUUUAUUUGAUCACUUA